CCUUCAAGUCCCACAUCUGUUCCUGCCAACCUAUCUGCAUCUCCAAGUCAAGCUCCUUUUUUGGAUCAUUCCUCUGUACUACCAUCCCCAAGAACUGCUUCAACCAUCAAAAACUCAGAGCAUGCUGAGGAAGAAGCUACAAAAGCUAUGAUGACUAGCCAACCUGCACGCCUGUCUUGCCCACCUUCUCGUCCACAUUCCACACCUGCUGUCAGAACAGCCGUUGCACAACCUGUCACAAAGCCAGAUAUCCAAAGUGGUUCUCCACCAAGACCACAACCUGCACGUCCACCUCCUCUAAAAGAUGUCAGACACACAGAAUUACCUUCUCUACCCAAACGUCCAGGAAUAUCACAUCCAUUGUACCGCUACAUGAUUAAGGAACCCCAUGCUAUUGCCCUGCAUGACUUCUCUGCAACUCAGCCUGAUGAGUUAACCUUUCAGGAGGGUGACAUUAUUGUUUUAUUGAAGAGGAUUAAUGACCAGUGGCUAAAAGGAAAAGUUGGGGAUGCAGAAGGCAUCUUCCCACAAAAUUUUGUCCAUUCUAUUCAUCCACUAUAUGAUGAGCUACCUUCUUCAGCCAUCAAUGAAAUGAUAGAUGAAACAUUUGAGGAGGCCUCAUCAGAUAAGCCAGACAAUCUGACAGGCCCCCGGUGUAGAGCUCGAUUUGACUUUGAAGGUGAAGGUCACGGGGACCUUGUCUUUGAAGCUGGGGAUAUCAUUCAGCUGUUGGCACACUGCGGGAGUGACUGGUUGAAGGGACAGCUGGAAGAGAAAACUGGUAUAUUUCCUGCAUCUUUUGUUGAGAUCAUUGAAGAUUUACCGAAGGACAUGGAAAAUACAGCUGCUGACUCCAGAAACAGAGAAACCACUGCACUUUUUGACUUUGAGGGAGAACAUGGGGAACUUUCAUUUCAGGCAGGAGACAAAAUACAUGUCAUAAGUAAAGUCAACGACCAAUGGCUGUAUGGUGCCUGCAGUGGCAAAGAGGGUUCAUUCCCUGUCAGUUUUGUAGAUGAAAUACCUCAUGAUCUUCCUCAGUAUGAGGCAGCAGCAUCCGCAGCUGAUUCAGCAACUAAUGAUGUUGCUUCUGCAGAUUAUAAGGAUAUGACAGUCUGCGUUGCUCUCUAUGACUAUCAAAGUGAGCAUGAAGGAGAUCUAGCCUUCAAACAGGGUGACAGCAUUGAAAUUUUGGACAGUGCGGGGACAAACUGGUUACGAGGCCGUCUGCAUGGGAUUGAAGGCGUUUUCCCAGCAUCUUUUGUCAGUUUUCAGUCAGACCCUGCAGACCACAUGCAUGCUGUGGAGCCAGGGACUGGGCUAGAGAGUCACUCAGCUCUUGUUCUAGGCAGAGCCCUUCAUGAUUUUGUGGGAGAGACUGACAAUGAGCUGACAUUGCAGGUGGGAGAUGAGGUUAUUCUUGGUGCCAUGCUCUCUGAGGACUCUGAGUGGCAGUGGGGAGAAUUGAAUGGUAGGCAUGGGAUUUUCCCAGCUUCGUUUGUAGAAAUGUUGUAGAUAAACACGCAUCUAGAAUGACUCCUAUUUUUUAAAAAUGUAUAUCACACAGUGGCUAAGCAGGUACAUAAACCACAAAUCAGGGAAAAAGAGAACUAGACUUUGAAAUUGCCAUUUCUACGUCACAUGGCCCAAAAAAGCGAGAUUGUUUUUAACUGGUUUGAUCAUUUUGCGUGAUAAUUUUGAGAUGUUCUUGGAUAAUAGAGCAUCACAUCUCACUAAAUAAAAGUGAACCAAAAGAUGUUGGAUUUCAUGGCCGCCCUUGAAGGACUAAAAUAUUGUUUGCCAUUUUAUUAUUGGUUGCUGUUGCAUUUUUUUUUAAUACAAUGUAAAUGUUAAGUGUAGUUUCAUACUUUUGGUUUACAUACCUUAUUUUGGUUACUAUUUUUUAACCAGUGGGAGAAAUUGUAAAGGGAAUUGAUAAGAAAGUAGAAAAUUCUCUUGGAAAAACUGUUGUUACCAAAUAAUAAUUUGUUUAAUGCUCUUCCAGUAUAUAAAAAACAAAAUUCGGUAAUCGUCAUUUAACUACUGUUUACAGAUUAUUGACCUCGAGUUCCUUAACAUCAAAUAGGCUAAGCCAGACUCAGUAAAAUUGCUGGAAGUUGAAAAUAAGGCCACUUACAAUGGGCUUAUUUUCUGCAAGAUUAAUUUGUGAUAUAUAUAUAAUGUAUGUGAUAUAUGUAUAAAAUGUAUAUUUUCACAGCUUUCUUAUGUUCUGCUGUCAAAACAAAAUAUGAAGUCUUCCAAAUAUCUUGUUUGUUGCAUUAAGUAUUCCACUCUCUUCCCGUCAGAGUAGUUUAUAGUGUACACAUUUACUUCUUCUGCACAGUCAUGUUGACUUCAUUUUUAUUCACAUGCCUUGUAACAGUUUUACAUAAUACUAGUCAUGGCACAGAGCUUCACACACGUUGAUUUUUGCUGCAAACUUUUCCAGCUGUUAGUUUAUUUCAACUUUUCAUAUUUGGCUUCAUUGGAGUCAAAUUUAUUCAUGCACAGCAUCAGCAUAGUCAAAUGGUGAAACAUUUAUAUUCUUUAUGUCCCUGCCCUUACUUGACAGGUUAAUAGUUCAUGUUCAGCAGUGGGGGCAUGACAACAUUUCAAGUGAGAGAUAAAAGAUUGCUCUGGUAUUAUCUGCCAUGCAACUAUUUCUUUUACUCAUACCCCUUUCCUCCCUUAGCUUUCUCCUGUCAUCAGUACUGUCUCAAAUUAUGAUGUCCAUGUUUUGCAAUGUAUAAGCUGUAAUUGAAAGGAAUAAUCCUGAUUCGAUGGAAAUUGAAUGAACAGUGUGGAUAUGAAUCAGCUUCAACUGCCACAUAACUGUAUUGCUUCAGCAUCAUUAUUCAGCACAGUUUGUAUUGGACAGCAUGUGGUAUUUAUCAUUUGUUUGGGCAUAAAUGGUUUUCUGUAUGAUGUUUAAAACCCUUUUGCUGCUUUGGCUAUUUUGUGACAUCCUGGUUAGUUUAUUUCAUUUUCACUGAAAUAUAAAUGACAACAAGACUAUGGAACAGCUUAAGUGGAACUGCUCACGAUGCUUUCUGAUUAAUCAGUUUUCCAUUUGCGCAGUGCAAUAAUGUUUGACUUGGUAAAGUGGCAUUUGUACAGCCACUCGUUACUUUCUUAAUUAAUUAAUUUUGCCCUUACAUGAAAACUUACAUUUCUGUUUUAUAUAAUCUUUUAUUGAGCAGAAAUAGAAUUUAGAAAAGAAGGGUAAAACUGGUUGAAACAUUUUGAAAUAAGUACAUCCUCUUGACUUGGGUGAGUUCAACGAGUAUUUUAUGCAAUUUUUUGGAAUAUCCAUUAUGGCACUUUAUUAAAUUUCUUUACAGCAUUAGUUUGUAACUGAUUUAGACUAAUUUGUCCAUUUUUACAUGAUGUAGCCUACACAAAAAUAUUUGCUGUAUUCAGGUUACUUUCUUGCUUUUACUUCUAUUUAAUAUAUUCACAGGGAAUUCCUGCAGCUGUUUUGCACAAAUUAAACAUGGAUAUUUUUUAUCUUUGAAAAUACUUUAAGGUGGAGAAGCUGCUAUCCUAGUCCUUAAAGCAUCGUCGUCUGAGACAAGGUGUGCACACUACCUGUUUCAAUGCAGCAUACUUCAUUUGACCUAGCUUUGAAUGAAAACCCUGACCCAUAGAGACCCAAAGAGCUAGAGGGCAGAUGCGUAUCGCCUUCACAAUUUAAAAAAAAAUACCCUGGUCCCCAAGAAAAUGCCUGCUUCUAGCCCCUCAUUUUCUAACAUUCUAUGAGUUAGGUGACUAUCUUUUUACCUUUUACUUUCAUUUGGUGGUAGAAUCUCUCCUGUGUACCACUCUGCACUUUGCUUCUAUGCUAUCAUGACACUCAUGCAUGUUUGUCAGCUAGACAUGCAGUGGAUCUCGCAUGACAUUCAUGAAUUGGAGUUUUGUAGAAAUCCUUGACAACCAUAGGCUUUAGUAAUAAAUGCUGAACAGAAUGGAUUUUUUUUUAAAUCAUCCUAUGACUGUGCAAUUUUAGUACACGUCAAAGUGUUAGGCCUCACCUUCUGUGAUGAAAAUUUAAGAUUUUUUUAUAUAAAUGGCUGACUUUCGUUAUGGUUUUCAAUAGCUACUGGCUGAUUGUAGGUUGUUACAGUUUUCAGUUGUUGCAUUCUUUUGAUGUUUUUAAAUAGUGCCUUUAUAUGUAUUGCUUCCAACACACAAGUGUGUAAAUGAGCAAAAUUAAAGUGUGGCAAGGCCAUUCAAUGACUGAUAGAGCAAGUUGUGUACAUAUAAAAGAACAUGCAUAUAUAUAUAUAAGUGUGUGUGCACUUGUGUGAAAGACAGAGAGAACGUUUAAUAGCUUGAUGAUUUAUUCAGCUAUUUACAUUGAUCACCCAAAGUAUAAAUGCAAAUUCCU